AUGACUCCGAGACCUCCCCGGCUGUGUCAUCCCUCCGCACCGACGGGCUCCGCCCUACCCGCUGGCUUCGACAUCACCGCAUACUGGGGCAACCUGAGCCCCUACAAAGAUGGCCCCGGGUUCAACGUCUCAACCGGCGUUCCGCUGGGCUGCGAACUCUCGCAGGUGCACGUCCUGCACCGUCACGCCCAGCGGUACCCGACGCCGUAUGCUCUCGACGGCCUCAGCAUGGAGGCCUUCGCGCAGAAGCUCCAGAACUACAGCCUGCAGCACCCCAACGAGACGCUGGGCACCGGCCCGCUGGCCUUUCUGAACGACUGGAGAUACCUCAUGGGCGAGGACCUUCUGCUGCCCUCCGGCGCGGCCACCGAGGCGAGCUCCGGGGCCAACUUCUGGAACAAAUACGGCCGGCCGCUGUUCCGUGCCCCGGCCGGUCUCGCGGACUGGGAUCCGUCGUUGAACGUGUAUCCGAACGGGACGCAGCGGCCCAAGCCCAUCUUCCGGACGACGGGACAGGCGCGGAUUCUUGAGAGCGCGCGGUGGUGGUUGAGUGGAUUCUUCAGCAGCACGAACGCCAACAACUCCGCCAGCCAAUACGACCUAGUGAUCAUCCCGGAGACGAGCGGCUACAACAACACUCUAGCAGCGACGUGCCCCGAAGCGCAGUACGAGGGGGACACCUCCGCCGAAACCUUCCUGACCAAAACCACCCCGGCAAUCCUCAACCGGCUCACCCCCUACCUCCCCCGCCGCCUCGCCUCGACGCUCACCCCCCUCGACAUCCUCAGCAUGCUGAACCUGUGCCCGUACGAGACCGCCGUCCUAGGCAGCUCCGCUUGGUGCCCGCUCUUCACGGCCUCGGACUGGGAAACGUUCGCCUACGCGCUCGACCUCCAAUUCUACGGCGACUACGGCUUCGGCGCCGCGUCGGGCCGCGCGCAGGGCCUCGGCUGGGUGCUCGAGCUGGCCGCCCGCCUCAACAACACCCUCAUCACCGCGCCCGCGGCCAACAUCAACCUCACCUACGACUCGUCCCCCGCCACCUUCCCGCUGCAUCAGAAACUGUACAUGGACAUGUCGCACGACGACGUGAUCGUCUCCGUGCUGGCCGCGCUGGGCGUCGAGUAUUUCAACUUCGGCCCCGCCGGGUUGCCCGGCAAUGUGAGUGUGCCGCCGCCCCGGAAUUUCCGGUUGAAUGAGGUGGCGCCGUUUGGGGCGCAUCUGGUCGCGGAGGUGUGGUCGUGUCCCGCGGGUCGGGAGCGGGUGCUGGGUGGGGAGACCUUGUAUGUGAAUCCGACGGUGAAGGGGGUCGUGGAGGCGGAGGAUUGGAUUAGGUUUGUGUUGAAUGGGAAGGCUGUGCCGCUGGGGGGCGUGAGUGGGUGUGAGCGUGAUGAUAGUCAAGAUGGGUUUUGUUUGGUGGAGGGGUUGUUGGGCGGUGUUGGCGAGAUGGUCAGGUUGGCGGAGUAUGAUAGGGCUUGUUUGGGGAAUGGGACCGCUGGUAAGGGGGGGCAGGUGGGCGAUGGACGGCCGGAGUAGUUGCAGUGGUAUACUGUGUACUGCUGGAUGAGAUGGAAGUUGGUGUUUGUGGUGGAUGAGUAGGGUGGAAGAAGGUGUGGUGAGGACGAUGAUGAGUCCAUGGUUUGAGAAAUGAGACGCGGUGGAGGUAAGACCGUUGAUCUGGACCCCGGAAAACUCGCAGGAAGUAGAAUGAAUCCAUUCGAUCUCGAUUCUAUGGAUAAUGUCUAAACGCUGGGGUAUCUAGUAACAGUAACAGUAACAGUAACAGUAACAGUAACAGUAACAGUACCAGAGCAAGUUGCUGAUCAGCCGGCCAACACAAAUCAAUCUAUCGCUAUCGCUUGUA